UUGCAUUUAAACACCCACUCCCAUAUUGAUCGUCCCAAAUCAGGAGGAGUGUGGCUGCUCCAGACCAGGGUUUAUAAGCGCAGAAGACAGAGGGCUCCAGGAGUCGCAGACCUCAGGGAGCUGGGCCAGGUCCUGUGCUUCAUCCUGUCUCCUGCUGAGUCAUCUCACCAACAUCGAAGAUGUCUGUUUUGGAGGACAACACAGAAGAGAACAUGGACUCCCAAGACUGGGAAAGAGAUGAACCCCAGUGCUGCUCAGAAGAUUCAGCCACAAGCCCCCUGGAGCCAGGCCAGAGCCCAGCCUCUGUGACUUCUGCCUGCACAGGUCCAAAAGUGAAGGUCAAUGAGCCCCAGAAAUUUAUCAUUUUCGACCGUGAUCAAAAAGUGUUGGUCCUGGACUCUGGGAUUCUCAAAGCAGUUCCAAAUAAAAGCUACAUACGUCCAGAGACCUUCCAUGUGCUGGCCUCACCUUCCGCUCCGGCCUCUGAGGAGAAAGGGAGUCCGAUUUUCUUGGCCGUCUCUAAAGGGGAGCUCUGUCUCUGCUGUGAGAAGCCCAAAGGGAAAAGAUAUCCGUCCCUUCAGCUGAAGAAGAAGAAGCUGAUGAGCCUGGCCUCUCUGAAGGAAGCAGCGCGUCAGGGCUACGUCUUUUACAAGUCUCAGGUGGGCUCUCGGCAUUUCCUGGAGUCCGCUGCCCACCAGGGGUGGUUCAUCUGCACUUCCUGCAAUCUCCGUGAACCUGUUGGAGUGACAAAUAAAACCGGGAUAUGGAAACAUACCGAGUUUUCGUUCGUGAAAGUUUGAAAAACUGAAAGGAGCCAGUAGGGGUAGCGAUGAAGAAACUGUCCCGCCCGACAGCCGCCUUCCUCUGCCUUGUUCUCUGACUCGCGCCAGUCAGAGAGGAACACGAAGCCUGCUCACUAA